AUGUCUUUAAUUCCACGCCUCUUCGACGAAAGACCCUUUAGAACGAUGGAGCGUGAAUUAUUCUCGCCAAAUAUCCACUUUCCGAACUUCAACCAGCUAGUUCCUCGUGAGUUUUAUCAGACCUGGGCAAACCCGUUUCGACAGUGGGAAGACAUGUACAGGCAGAUGGAACAACUGUCAUCUGCUGUGAACCACCUAGCCCUGGAAGGAACCAACAUAACAUCAGAUUCUGAGAAAUUCCAAGUGAAUGUAGAUGUGCAGCACUUCGCCCCUGAUGAGAUAUCUGUGAAAGUUGUUAACGGAUUCGUGACAGUUGAGGGCAAACAUGAAGAAAAGCAGGACGAACAUGGUUAUGUCUCCAGGCAGUUCAUACGGCGGUACGCACUGCCACAAGGCUGUUUGCCUGACACAGUGGAGUCAAAAUUAUCAUCAGAUGGUGUGUUGAUGGUAUCUGCACCCAAGGUCUUGGCUAUGCCAUCGACUGGCGAAAGAAUCGUGCCAAUCAACAAAACAGGACCCAUAAAGAAACAACUUGGAUCUCCCAAAUCUGAAUCAGCCAUCGAAGAAGCGAAGUAA